UGCGUUCUCAACUUUUGAUUUCGGAGUGCUCGGUAUCCAUCCUACUGUCUUUCCACCGAAGUGGGACACAUCACAGCAAACUCUUUCGAUGUGCGUCCUUAUAGAUGUAGAGACGGCUUAGAGGCAGUUCUGGGUGGCUCACCUAGAAGGGCAGCAUCGUGUCGUACAGCAUGUCAGAUCAAUUGACCUCAUUGCCAACAACUUAUUCAACGACCCACAAGAGAUGGCUUCUCUACAGAAUGAAGCAACUGGCAAGCAACCUUACAUCGUCAACCGAGACUUCAACGUCUCUGUCCGGUAUCUUCUCCCCUCUCUAUCCCCCCUUCUCGCAAUGGACGAAAAAGGCCGCACUUUAUUUUCAAUAUCCCGAGUCAAAGUCGGACAGUUUGACUAGACUCGGAGAGGGACGGAUAUUCCACGCCGGGAAUUCCGAGAUAGCCGAAGAGGGAGACCUUUGGUUCCAGGAGGAACCUGGGCAACGGCGUAAGAGGGAGAUAUGUUCUGCCACAGACAGACUGAGCGAAAGCCAAGUUUCUGGGUCCGCAAGGAUUUCUUUUGCUAUUUUCUACAUCGCUCUUAUGGAGCCGUUUUCGUUUUAUGCAAGUUUCUCCAGAGUGGUGAGAGAGAAAAAAUUGCAUCCAAAACGUCUUGAGCUCUCGCUUAGGGGGAAGCUUACCUCUCUGGCCAUGCCUCGGCCCUCGACGGCUGAAUCUUCAGCUCCUGAUCAUACAUGACGGAUUGUUUCAGAGACGAUCGGAGCUUGUUAAUUUAAGUCUUGCAUUUGUUUUCUCGAUUUCUGUUACACACCAACUAUCCUACUCUCACGCAACAUCACAAGGCCGUGUCAGCCAACCUGCCACACGAUCACCACAAAUUCCCUUCAGUGCAUAACAACAGCAACAUGAUCAUCCAUAUACUUCCCAAUGUCCCCCAAGAAGCACGCCGCAAGAAUGCUCACACUCCCAAACGCAAUACUCGUAAAAUAAACAUACUUA